AUGACUUCUACUCUGCUGUCGCUGCCAUCGGAGCUCCUGCACCAAGUUGCGGUAUAUCUUGUAUCAGACAGCCAUGUCUCGGACAUUGUCAACUUCACUUCAACGUGCGGUGCCAUGCGAGCAUCCGCCAGGUCUCUUCUGUUCCGUUCAAUGACUGUCUCAUCAUCUUCAAAACUGGAGUCUCUUUCAAACGCAGAUGCUACCAUUCUGGGAUACAUGAGGGAAUUUAAUAUUCGAUUAGAAUACGAUUUCUUCGAAGCGUUUGCGGCCGCUUGUGACCCAACUGCGUUUCCCCAAUGCACGGCGCUUCGACACCAAUCCGUCAUCCCCGCACUGGCACGUAUCCUCCUUAGCGCCCCUCAGCUGGCGUCGCUACGAGUCCAGAUCCCAGAGAACACGGGUGACUCAUGGGCAAGCGCAUGGACCGAGUUACUCCGCCUGAACACCCAAGGUCUCCCUCUAGGAGCAGCACUUUCUCGUGCCCUACCCCCAAACACCACUUUCCCCGCACUCCGCACUCUCCACCUCGAUGGUUUGGCCCAACUCGCCCCGUUGGCUCGUAUGACUCCCAAUCUCGUGACUCUAUCCGCCCACAUGUGCGAAGGAUUUUCCGAGGCAGCCUCUCGCGAGUUUAUCGAAAACACACUGCCUCUGCUCCCAAACCUCAACGAACUUGCGUUCGAUCCCUUCAGUUUACACUUUGCCGGGUCCGGAUUAAACGUUCCAAAAGAAAUUGUUGCCUCUGCGUCUCAACUUCAGACUCUCGACUUGCGAUCUCGAGCGUUUGAUUAUGGUACGGGACGUACCGAGUGGCGAACGACCGACCAGAUCGAUCCUCUCGACUGUGUUCCGGCCGGCUCGAAACUGAAAGAGCUGUAUCUGCCUUUCACUCCAUCAAAUGCAGACGGUGGAGCCGUGGUUUCCGAACCCCUCAAGGCGAACAUGCGCGAUGUUAGAGCCCGUGAGGCCGAACUAUUGGCGGUGGUUCAACUUGCGAGCGCCUCGCCUCUGGAAAAGGUUUCUUGGCUACGGGCAGAUGGCGAAGAGCCAAUCGAAUAUUCGAUCGAGCGAGAUGCGCAAGGAAUCCCGGCUGACAUCAACGUGCUCGGUGCCAAUCGUGUCGAGGAAGAGGCUGCGCCCGAGUCCCAAUCAGGUCGCGUUCCUCCCUUGAGCGGAUUCGCGUCUAUGUUGGCCAAAGCCGCAUCUAGCACCACCCUUCACGCCGCCGUCGUGAUGCUGUUAAUUUCUGAUUCAUCGGCCCUGUCUUUCCCUGUUCCGAACCUAUUUACCAAGCCGGCAUUGCUUGCCACCGGCGUUGCAUUGGGCCUUGGCUAUCGCACCCUGCCUUUCUAA